CCAUGCGCUCCAGAGAAAUCUCCAGAAGAAAGAAACUAUCAUCUUCCUCUUCUCCCAUUUUCUCAAAUUCCUCUGGUUUGGUUUCCUCUUCCACUUUCCACCGAUGAACUCUCUGCAAUUACACUGCUGCCUUCACAUCCUCCGUCCAAAACCCCGUCUUUUUCGCUGUUCCACUACCUUCACUCCCCGCACGUGCUAUUUUCCCGGGAAAUUCAGUUUCCGCGAAAGUUUCAGACACAGAGCCAAGGCUAAUCCCUUCGGUGUCUUCGCUCAAUCCGAGACGAAUGAAUCGGGUAUCGGAGGCGAAGAAAGUUUAUACAAGAAAGAGGAACCGGAACGACCUCCUUUCGAUAUCAAUCUCGCCAUCAUCCUCGCUGGUUUUGCUUUCGAAGCCUACGCUACACCUCCGGAAAAUAUCGGGAAACGGGAGGUUAAUGCAGCUGGGUGUAAUACUCUCUACCUUUCUGAGGCAUUUGUAAGAGAAGUAUAUGAUGGACAAUUGUUCAUAAAACUCAAGAGAGGAGUUGAUUUUCCUGCCUUGGAUCCAUGGGGAACGAGUGAUCCCUACGUGGUGAUGGACUUGGAUGGUCAGGUUGCUAGAAGCAAAACCAAAUGGGGGACAAAAGAGCCAAAUUGGAACGAAGAGUUUGUUUUCAAUAUCAAGCUGCCUCCUGCAAAAAAGAUACAGAUUGCAGCUUGGGAUGCAAAUAUUGUUACCCCACAUAAACGGAUGGGGAAUUCCGAAGUCGACCUGGAAUGCAUUUGUGAUGGAGACUUGCACGAAGUGCUAGUAGAACUAGAGGGUAUUGGAGGUGGUGGGAAAGUUCAUCUGGAGAUUAGGUACAAGGGAUUUGAGGAAAUCGAAGAAGAAAAGAAGUGGUGGAAGUUCCCGUUUAUUUCAGAAUUCCUUAAAAGAAAUGAAAUGGAGUCAGUUUUGAAAAAUCUUGUUGACUCUGACGCCGUGCCAGCACGUCAAUUUGUAGAGUAUGCCUUUGGACAGUUAAAGUCGCACAAUGAUGCUUCCCUUCAGAAUAUUGAACUGCCUGGCUCUGAAGGUGACAAAAACUCUAAUUAUCAUUCUCCAGAGGUAGAUAUGGUUUCUGAUAGGGCUAGUUCAGAGGAUUCAUUGGAUCAGAAUCGUGGCAACAAAGAUAAAGAAGGUGAUGGUGAUGGCAGCAGCAAUGAAAUGGAGAGUGACAAUGAGAGUGGCACCAUUCAGUCAGAGAGUAAUCUCUUGGAUAACUUCUCCGGCAUAGUUAGUCAAAAUAUCGUUCAGAAACUUGGCCUUCCUUCACCUGGGAAAUUAAAAUGGGACGGAAUGGAAAUACUGGAAAAAUUUGGUCUACAAUCACGAAAAACUGCAGAAGCAGGUUACAUUGAAUCAGGGCUUGCCACUGCUGAGACUCGAGAAGUUGAUGAUGAAAAGGAAGAUGGCCAGCUCGCUAUCAACGCGCCCAAGUCUUCCCUUGCGGACAUGAAAAAUGCGACUCAAGAAUUGUUGAAGCAGGCUGAUAAUGUCUUUGGUGCAUUAAUGGUUUUGAAAGCAGUAGUACCUCAAUUAAGCAAGGACAGUCUUGGUACAGAGAAAGUCACAGAAAAAGAUGGUGCUUCCGGUGUACUAGACGAUGUCUUUGGCUUCUUGAAGAGUGAAAAACUCUCUGGCCUAGUGACUGUUGCCAGGGCGGAUGAAAAGAACGCCGAGGAAAUGAAAACACUAUUUUCUAGCGCAGAAAGUGCCAUGGAGGCAUGGGCAAUGCUUGCCACUGCCCUUGGGCAUCCAAGCUUUAUCAAAUCUGAAUUUGAAAAGUUAUGUUUUCUAGAGAACGACAUCACUGACACACAGGUGGCAAUUUGGCGUGACGCAAGGAGGAAAAGAGUAGUUAUCGCUUUCAGAGGAACUGAACAGACAAAGUGGAAAGAUUUGCAGACUGAUUUGAUGCUAGCUCCUGUUGGUCUGAAUCCUGAACGAAUUGGUGGGGACUUCAAGAAAGAAGUACAGGUUCAUAGCGGAUUUCUGAGCGCAUAUGAUUCAGUGCGGAUAAGGAUAAUAUCGCUGCUCAAAAUGGCUAUUGGUUACGUAGACGAUGUUACUGAGCAUGAAGAUAAAUGGCAUGUUUAUGUGACAGGCCAUAGCUUGGGUGGUGCAUUAGCUACACUCUUAGCUAUUGAACUUGCGUCAAGCCAAUUAGCUAAACAUGGAGCAAUAAAUGUUACCAUGUACAAUUUUGGAUCUCCAAGAGUAGGGAACAAAAUUUUUGCUGACGUUUAUAAUCAGAAAGUAAAAGACAGCUGGAGAGUUGUAAACCACAGAGACAUAAUUCCCACGGUCCCUCGCUUAAUGGGCUAUUGUCAUGUUGCUCAGCCUGUUUAUCUCGCUGCUGGAGACGUGGAGAAUUUAGAGUUCCAAAAAGAUGGUUAUCAUGGUGAGGUGAUUGGGGAAGCGACACCUGAUAUUCUUGUUAGUAGAUUUAUGAAAGGUGAGAAGGAACUCGUUGAGCAGAUACUUCAAACCGAAAUUAAAAUAUUCAACGCAAUUCGUGAUGGGAGUGCUCUUAUGCAGCAUAUGGAGGAUUUCUAUUACAUCACACUGUUAGAGAGAGUGAAAUUAUAUUACAAAAAGGUGGAAGAUCCGGAAGGGAUUGAAAAGACUACUAUCUGAUCAGUGGGCAAGAGCUAAGACCAUGAGAGCAUGUAGUGGCUCGCACCAGCUAUAUAGGAAUCACACUGUACACCAUUUACAAGAGACAAGCAUCCACUGGGUCGCAUGAUGUUCUCAUUGGACUAUGAAGUAAGAAGGAAGAUAUACUGUGUAUCAAUAUGUAAUUAUCUGAGAGCGGGUGACUCAUUCCUGUAAAUGUAAACAUAGACACGAUAUCGAAAGAGGACAAGAAAGGUUGGAAAUUAUCAAAACAUUUGAAGUGUAUAGUGUCAAUGAUCUCUUUUGUUA